UUCCUCAUAUUGUGCGUGAAUAUAUGAUUUUGGUGCUUGUUUCACAGCGACAACACAGUUUACCUUUGAAAAGCCAAAUCAAACAACAUCCGAAACUGACUUAGUCAUAUAUGAAACUCAAUUUGAUCAAUGCACGCGCACAAUUCGUGCUAAUCACAAGUUUAUUGGCUACAAGUGUGAAAACAAUUCCAACAAUAGCAACUACAACACUCAAUACAAGCACACAUUGGUUGCUAUCAAACGUUGAGGAUGACAACAUUGAAGAACAAUAACCUCCCAAAUAAUUGAUUAAAACACUUGACAGGAAAUGUGUUCAAUAUAAGCUGUAUGCUUUAAAUCAGAGAGAAAUAUUACAGCUCAAUUUUAUGUUCCUUUGUAACGGCGGCAAUUAGUGUUUUAAAAUCCAUACGGAAUGUAUAGAAAUUCAACACAUACAAAAACCAGGGAUAAAAACUAACGAAGCUCUCUUCCAUAAUGCCCAUUAUUCGGGAAAAUGCAGAAACUAAGCCUCUUAAUAUCAAUGACAAUAAUAAUGGAAGCGCUAAAAAUAAACCCAAGAUACAUCCAAAAUACAGUAUACAUAGAGAUGUGCUUACUCACGAGGUAGUUAUCCGGGAAACUGGGUAUUCGGCAAGAGAUAAGAGUAUUCCCUCUUCUUUACGUAACUUCUGGAGUGGUUGGAACUUGCUAUCAAUAUUUACCGGUCUUAUACCCAUUCUACAAUGGUUGCCUCAGUAUUCGCUCAAGCGGGACCUCGUUGGUGAUAUUAUAUCAGGAUUUACAGUUGCUAUUAUGAAUAUACCUCAUGGCAUGGCCUAUGGAAUUCUGGCCGGUGUUUCUGCAGGGAAUGGUCUCUAUAUGGCUGUCUUUCCAGUGAUUGUCUAUAUGUUUUUAGGCACUUCCAAGCACAUCUCUAUUGGUACAUUUGCUGUGGCCAGUAUGAUGACGCAAAAAGUGGUUCUAGCCUAUGCAAAUGUUGAUUCUAACGAUCUAAUUGUUACGACAACGGCAGAUAAUAAUGCAACGUUAACAACAGUGCUGCCUUUAGAGAAUGUUAUCACGCAGUUGGACGUGGUUACCUCACUUGCGUUAGCUGUUGGCAUUGUAAAUUUGCUUAUGUCCUUUUUUAGGCUGGGUACACUUGCUUCCUUGCUCAGUGAACCACUAGUUAGUGGUUUCACAACAGCAGCAGCCUGUCAUGUGGUCACCGCACAGCUCAAAGACGUUGUAGGAAUAAGAGUUGACCGUCAUAAGGGAGCUUUUAAAAUUAUUUACACUCUGAUCGAUGUUAUAAAAGGUCUGUCAAAUACAAACCUUGUUAGCUUCGGCUUCUGCAUGGGAGUCAUUAUUUUUAUGACCAUUUGCAAUGAGUGCAUAAAACCGUAUUUAAAUAAACGAUGCCACUUCCCUAUGCCCGGAGAGCUUAUAGUUGUGAUUGGUGGAACAUUGAUCUCAAAAUUUUGUCACCUAUACAAAGAGUUUAAUGUACAGUUGGUUGGUAUAAUCCCAAAAGGGCUGCCAAGUGCUUCAUUACCACGCCUCGAUCUGGUCCCCUUGGUUGCCGUCGAUUCUAUAGCUAUAGCAAUAGUGACAUAUUCUAUUAUUAUGUCCAUGGGCUUGACGUUUGCUAAGAAGCAUGGCUAUGAGGUUCGCGCCAAUCAGGAACUCUUUGCUAUGGGUGUGGGUAAUGCUGUCGGCAGCUGUUUUUCUUGCAUACCCUUAGCCUGCUCUUUGUCGCGUUCAGUUAUACAGGACCAAACAGGCGGAGUCUCUCAAAUAGCUUCUUUGGUGUCUGCCACACUUGUAGUUGUUACAUUGCUUUGGGUCGGACCUUUCUUCAGCGAUUUGCCAAGGUGCGUUUUGGCUGGCGUUAUUAUCGUGGCAUUAAAACCUAUGUUUAUGCAGAUAAAACAGUUAAAAAAGUUCUCUAAGCAAGGCAAACUCGAAAUGUUCACCUGGAUAUCUACAUUCUUAUGUGUAGUGCUCAUUGACAUUGAUAUUGGUCUUCUUAUUGGAGUUUGCGUGUCUUUAUUAGCAUUGUAUAUUAAGGGAUUGAAGCCUUAUUAUUGCCUGCUGGGCUAUAUGCCAGAAGCGCCUGGAAUCUAUAUGGACAUGAAUCAACAUCGCAAUGUAAUGCAAGUCUCAGAAACGCGUAUCUUUCGGUAUUGCGGAUCCCUCAAUUUUGCCACAAGUCUGUUUUUUCGUCGUGCUCUUUAUACAGCAAUAGGUCUUGAUAAAAUCAACCAAAAAACCACCCGAAAUAGCAAAGCAACUACAAAUUACGUCCUUGUAGCUGAAAAUGGUGGCAAGCUAACAAAAAGUGAAAUAGAUGACAAUACGUUUCAAUUUCUAAUACUGGAUCUUUCCAUGCUGGGCCACAUCGAUGUUGCCGGUUGCAGCACAUUAAGUGAUGUUAGCAAGCAGUUGAAAUUACGUAGUGCUCGUCUGCUAUUGGCUAGCCCCAUGGACCGCGUCUACGACUCGUUAGUACACAGCAUGGCUCUGAGCGAAGGUCCAUUUGAAAUUUUUCCAACAUUGCACGAUGCUGUAGAGUAUGCGAUUGCGUUUCGUACAGCGUAAAAUCCUAAGCUGACUGUGAAAUAGUCUACUAAUUUAAGAAGCGUGCAGUAGCUUUUUUUAAACUGAGACUUUUCUAAAGUGCCUUAGCCUAAGUAUCAAUGUUACCUAUUAUGCUAAUGCCAAAUACAAAACUUUUUUGUACUUAAUGUCCUAGAGGAAAGGGUUAGCUGGUCAGUAACAAUAAAUGCAAUGAAUACCUCCGAG